GAAGAAGAAAGCGCAGCUAGCUAGGACAAGCUACGUUUCAGUCUCAUUCAGCGCAGUUCCUUCUCAUCCAGCUCAGCGCUACUUCAACGCUCAGAGACUUCCACGCGUUCAGGGCUAACACGUACCGUGUAAAAAGGAUGAGGCUCUGAGGUGUCGGUGAGGAGAAUGGCCCCCCGAUGGAGAGCACCCGCCCCAGUGACCCCCCCACACCGCCUCUCCCCAGCCACAGACCUGCUCGCCUCCUGAAUCCUCCGUCUGUCACACACACACACACACACACACACACACACACCUGUGCGCUUGCGGUCGUGCUCAUCCCAAACCGGAUCUCCCUUGACCUUGACCCGCCGCUGACCCCUCCGGCGUCAUCGCCCGCCGACGCUCUAACAACUCCGCCGUCGCCAUGGUGAUGUGGAAGCUGUCGUCGCAGAAGCUGGGCUUCUUCCUGGUGAGCUUCGGCUUCAUCUGGGGCAUGAUGCUGCUGCACUUCACCAUCCAGCAGCGCACCACCCACGAGAGCAGCGUGCUGCUGCGCCAGCAGAUCCUGGAGCUCAGCAAGCGCUACAUCAAGGCCCUCGCCGAGGAGAACCGCAGCGUCAUGGACGGGCCCUACGUCGGCACCAUGACCGCUUACGACCUGAAGAAGACGCUGGCGGUGUUGCUGGACAGCAUCAUGCUGCGGCUGGCCAAGCUGGAGACCAAGGUGGAGAACAUCCUGUACAACGGCACGGGGGGCAACCUGACCAACGGCACCAGCACCGCCACCCCGCUCGCCGCCAACGCCAACGCGCCCGAGAAGGUCAACGUCGCUGAUCUGCUGAACGGUGCUCAGGAGAAGUGUGAGUUUCCUCCGCUGGACGGCUUCCCCCACUGCGAGGGCAAAAUCAAGUGGAUGAAGGACAUGUGGCGUUCCGACUCCUGCUAUAACAGUUACGGUGUUGAUGGCUCCGUGUGCUCCUUCUUCAUCUACCUGAGCGAGGUGGAGAACUGGUGUCCACGCCUGCCAUGGAGGCUCAAGAACAGGAACGACGAAGAGGGCAAAGGCCUGACGGACAUCCGCACCAGUUUUGACGAGCUGUACCGCGUGAUGUCGCGGCGCGAGGAGUUCCGCUGGAUGAUGCUGCGGAUCAAGCGCAUGGCCGAGCCCUGGGUCAGCGCCGUCCGCUCCCUCGCGUCCAAGCAGGACCUCCACAAACGCAAGCGCAAGAAGAUCCUGGUGCACCUGGGCCUGCUCACCAAGGAGUCGGGCUUCAAGAUCGCCGAGAACGCCUUCAGCGGAGGACCGCUGGGGGAGCUGGUGCAGUGGAGCGACCUCAUCACCACCCUCUACCUGCUGGGCCACGACAUCCGCAUCUCCGCCUCGCUGGCUGAGCUCAAAGAGAUCAUGAAGAGGGUGAUGGGGAACAAGUCCAGCUGCCCCACCCAGGGUGAUAAGGUGGUGGAGCUCAUCUACAUUGACAUCGUGGGAUUGACUCAGUUCAAGAAGACCCUGGGACCCUCCUGGGUGCACUACCAGUGCAUGCUGCGAGUACUGGACUCCUUCGGCACGGAGCCGGAGUUUAACCACGCCCACUACGCCCAGUCCAAGGGACACAAGACGCCCUGGGGCAAGUGGAACCUCAACCCACAGCAGUUCAACACCAUGUUCCCUCACACCCCUGACAACACCUUCCUGGGCUUUGUGGUGGAGCAGCACCUGAACGCCAGCGACAUCAGGCACAUGAGCGACGUCAAGCGAGAGAACCAGUCCCUGGUCUACGGGAAGGUGGACAACUUCUGGAAGGACAAGAAGAAGUAUCUGGACAUUAUCCACCAGUAUGCUGAGGUCCAUGCCACGGUCCACGGAACCAGUACCGUGCACGUGCCCAGCUACGUCCAGAACCACGGAAUACUGAGUGGACGAGACCUGCAGUUCCUCCUGCGUGAGACCAAGCUGUUUGUUGGCCUGUCCUUCCCCUAUGAGGGUCCCGCCCCCCUGGAGGCCAUAGCCAAUGGCUGCGCUUUCCUCAACCCCAAGUUCACGCCGCCCAAGAGCAGUAAGAACACUGACUUCUUCAAGGGGAAGCCCACCCUACGAGAGUUGACGUCCCAGCACCCGUAUGCGGAGGUGUAUAUCGGGCAGCCUCACGUGUGGACCGUGGACAUCGAGAACCCCGUGGAGGUGGACAGAGCCGUCCGUGCUAUCCUCAGACAGAAGAUUGACCCGUACCUGCCAUAUGAGUUCACCUGUGAGGGGAUGCUCCAGCGUGUCAACGCCUUCAUCGAGAACCAGGACUUCUGCCACGGGCAGGUGAUGUGGCCGCCGCUGAGUGCCCUGCGGGUGAAGCUGGCAGAGCCGGGCCGCUCCUGUAAGCAGGUGUGCCAGGAGGAGCAGCUCAUCUGCGAACCCUCCUUCUUCCAGCACCUCAACAAGGACAAGGACCUGGCCAGGUUUGGCAUCGAGUGCCAGACGGUGGAGUCGUCGGGGGACACGGUGGUGCCGGCGUACAGUGAUGCGCGGAGACACUGCAUCUUCCAGUCGGACCUGCUGCUGUUCAGCUGCGCCGGCGCGCACCCCUCCCUCAAGCGCGUCUGCCCCUGCAGGGACUACAUGAAGGGACAGGUGGCGCUGUGCAAGGGGUGCUUAUAGCCCACACACACACACACACACACACUUAAUCACUCAUACACACACACAAACACAUGUACAGAUACACAUGUACACGCACACACACACACACACACACACACACGCACAUGUAUGGACACACAUGUACAUACACACACACACACAUACACACAUACACAUACAUGAGUCUCGUGCGUGAACCGUGAAACACCACCAGACCUGACAACCGUCUGCAACACACACGCAUUCACACACACACACACACACACACACACACACACGCACACGCACACACACUCCUAUAAAGAGACUAUGUAGGGUUCUACAUUGAUCAUGUGGGCAUAAGCUACGGACGGAUUCACACGGGCGCACGUGCUCAGCGGGCACAAAUCUGCUGACCACCACGACAGGAUGGCCCGUGGCCUUGACCUAUACAGAGGAACAUGAACACAGCAAGAUGCAUGUGUGGUGGGAAGGGUAGCAUGAGUGUGUGUGUGUGUAUGUAUGUCUUUUCGGCAGAGUAUUACAGACCUGAAAGACCUGAAGCUGAAGCCCUUGGCUGGUGCAGGGCUACUUCAAACACACACACAAACACACACACACACACAUUAAACACUCCCUAAGACACACAAACGCACACACACAUUUGGAUGGACACAGAAAUACAGACUUCUACAAGCCUGAAAUACUUGAAAUGGAAGAGAUUGGUUGUCCUGCCUGGUGGACCCUUGCUGAAAGAGAAAUUGUUGAUCACCCCCUCGUCUGUAGUGAAGUAGGUUGCGGAGAACACACACUCUCAAAAACAUACUCAAGUACACACACACACACACACACACACACUCCUUUUGUCCGAAGAACUUCAUCAUUUGGGACCAAACUUGUCAACAACAGACAGCAAGGAUUCUUCGUCCUGUUCCUGCUCCGAUUUACCCCAACGCUACAGACGGAUGUGGACUUUGAGAGACUUUUGGACAUUUCCUUAGCCCUGUGUGUGUAGGUGUGGGAGUGUAUAUGAGCGUGUGUGUGUGUGGCAGAGGCAAAAACACACCUUCACCACAGGGCAGCCUAGCAUGGUGGGAAUGCUAGGCUAGCGGCUAGCUGUGAAGAAUGCUAGCACAGAGAAGCGCAGCGCAGCUACGCUCUGGUCUUUACACUGUAUUGCACCCCUCUCCUCUCCCCACCUCCUCUCCGCUCCCACCUCACCAGACCUCUUCUCUCCUCCCCUCUCCUCUCUUCCCAUCCCCUCUUCUCUCCUCUCCUCCCCUCUUCCCUUCUCAUUCCCUCCGUCCAGAAGGCUCUCCACACUCUGGAGUGCAGUAUCAGAGCAAAGGUGGUGGAGUGUGUUUGUAGAUAUUCCCAAACAUUUCCAGCAGCGUUCCCAAACUCCCGUCCUGUUUGUGGGGUUUUUAUUUUGUUUUUAUAUAAACGUCCAGAGGUCUAGUCAGUGAGCAGUGCUCCACUUCCUAUGAGGUAGCAGAGGCGAGUGAAGCCGAGCUAGCGCUCGUUAGCACACCGACAGUCUGUUUCACUCCACCCCGCUCCAACCCCCACCCCACCCUCAUGUUUGCAGGUGGAGGUGGAGGUGUGUGUUUGGGGGGGGGGGGGGGGGGUCAUUUUGUCAACUGAAGAGGCGUAAAACAUUUUUUUCUGGAAGGUUUCACUGAACCGCCACAACACAUGGCAGCUCACAGUAGGAGACAGACUCGCCACAUCUGGCCUCUUUCCCCUGCAGAAUCAAACUACGGCUAUUGGAGACAGGCUUCCCCAACACACACACACACAUACACGCACGCAUGCUCACACUAUCACACACACACACACACACACAUAUAGAUACGCACGCACACACACAUGUAUUCACACACACACACACACACACACACACACACACACACACACACACACACACACACUCUCAAACCCACUCUUAACUGACAGCACCCGACCAGUACAAGCUGGUCAAGUACGCAUCACUGAUACUGUGACGACGCGAAGCUGCCCACCGCAACACAACUGCCACCUGGCCAAUCACGCGGGCCCUUCUUACCGUAUCCAAGCUCAAACACCAAUCACCAGUCUCCUUUAACUUGGCCAUGGCCCUUACCUCAGAUAAGUAAACAAACUAUAUCCCCCUACCCUCCAAAACAGUGGCUCCAAUCUAAAGGAACUGUACUGAUAUUUAUAUGUAGAGAAGCAGCCAUCUCUUUAUUCUUUGAAAGAGACGCGUUUGCCGACAUGUGUACAUAUGUCUGGAUGUGUAGACAUAUUUACUUCACACACUGAUUGACCUUUGACCUUUUUUUUGAUGAUCAUCUGAUCGAUGGCGUUUGUUCGUUUCCCUUCAGUUGCUUGCAGCUUACAGGAUUUACAAAAAAAAAAAAGAAAAAGAAGUUUCAUCUUUGUUGGAAUGAAAUGCACUAUCUUAAAAAUAUUUACUGAUGAUAAACAAAAAAAAGUAUGUUGACACUGUACAUUGUUCAUAUUGGUUUUUAAAUUCUUUUUUAAUUUAUUUUGUAUACAGAUCUUUAUCUUUUUUUUGUCUGCUAAUGUUUUAUGGUGAUUUCAUUUUGAUUUUAUUCUUUUUGGUAUUUAUAGAAGAGAAAUAACCGUUUUCAUUUGAUGAUAGAGUCUUUGUUUUUAUUUAUCAGAGUAAUUUAAGUGUGUUGACAUUUGUAUGUCCGAGAGCUGUCACAGCCCCUGGCGGAGGUGGAAUUGUGGUGAGAGAAGACGUGGCAGCACUUGCCUGAACCUGAGGCUCAAUCAGACCCGACCCGAACCUGAGGCUCAAUCAGACCCGACCCUAUCCAAUCCGAUCCAAUCCAAUCUGGUGUCAAACCUGCUUUGGUUCCGCUGGGUCUGGACUUGAUCUGACUUAAACCAGAUCCACAUCAGGGCUUGGUUCUGUACCAGAUCAGGUCCAGAUCCGAGAGCUAGAGCUGGAACCAGACCAGAACAGAACCAGAACAGAACCAGAACAGAACGGGGUGACAGUGGGACCAUGUUAGAGUCCGAUUUGUUCUGGACCAGAGUUAAAGCAGACCAAGGCCCCAGAUGAGAGCCCGACUGGACCCUGCCCCGGUGCAGCUGCGCUGGGUGAGCGCCCGACCUGAGGCAGACGCAGGCCGGCCUGGUACCAGAACUCAGCUAGAUCUGGGCCAGUAGCUGGAGUCUGUGAAGGAGAUAGAUGGGGGGAGAGAGGGAGAGAGAGAGGGAGAUAGAGUGAGGGAGAGAGAGAGAGAGGGAGAGUCUCCUGUCCCGGUACAGCUUAGCGCUGUAGUGUGUGGGACGAAUGUGACCCCAGCGUCCUCCUCUCCUCCGCUCCUCCUCUCCACAACGGCACGGCAUGGCUCCGCUCUUUAAGCACAGCACCGCCUAAAAAUAGAAGUGCCUGGAUAGGUGUCUGCAGGCCCCAAGGCGACACACACACUCACACUCACACACACACACACACACACACACACACACACACACACACACACACACGCACACGGAGUCCCUGCUGCCUGUGCCAAAGGCCAUCUCCCCUGGGCCCUCAACCAGCCCAGCAGCCUGUGCUGCCUCAGAGCAGGAGCCUCAGUGUGUGUAUGUGUGUGUGAGUGAGAAAGAUUGAAGCUUUAUUUUUUGUCUGUAUUGUUAGCAUGUACAGUAUGCAUAUGCAUUUGUGUAUGCAUGAGCUUAUGUGUACACUUAUAUAUAUGUGUGUGUGUGUGUGUGUGUGUGUGUGUGUGUGCACAUGAGUUGUGUGUGUAUUAUGUGGCAUGGGGCCCAAAGGUCUGAGAUUGAAAUUGAUUUAAAUGUCUUCUCUCAUCACAGCUCCGUACAGUAGAGCUACCUUUCUUUUUUUAUACUCAGAUUAAUGCAGCUCACCCAUAUUUUCUUUAAAAUGCCAGCAAACACCUCAUUUGUCACUGUCAUUUGUUCUUUUGCCUUUUUAAUAUUGUUUUAGCUCUAUUCGCUGUCCCUUUUGCACAUUUGUAAAUAUAGAUAGAUCUCUUUAAUUAAGUUAUACAUCUUUGUUUCUGCAGCUUACCCCCCCUCGCUUCUGUGUUGGAUCUGUGUCUGUAAAUAAGAUGGUCAGGUCUUCAGUCGAGCUGUAGUCAGAAGCUUUGAGUACAUGAUGUGCCUUUUGAUGGUUGCUAGACCUGCUUGUAGUACCAGACUUGGGGUCAGACUCCGAGGUGUACAGAUGAUCUGAUGCAUACGCUGUGUGUUUGUGUGUGUGUUUGUGUGUGUGUGUGUGUGUGUGUGUGUCAUCAUUACGCUUUAAAAGCUAUGCGCACGUAGAACAACUCACAAGCUGCCAACAUCAGUGCCCAUGCUGUGCGUGGAUGUGUGUGUACAGUAUGCGUGUGUGUGUGUGUGUGUGUGUGUGUGUGCGCGUUGGUAUUUAAACCCAGUCUGAGGAUGUAGUGUCCAUGCCCUGGUUAUGUUGCCUGUGCUCUAAACAUGGUGUUUCACUCUGGGUGUCUACAGUAAUCCCCCAUAUAGACAGUAUGGAGUUUUUCACUCCAAAUUGCGUUGCGGUUACGUUUUCAGCAGUAUUGCCUGUGCACAGCAACAACAACAACACAGCACCCCCUAAGGAUGCAUACGCCACGCCAACUAGUCAUUUAGCCAUUUCCAGAGGAUAUUUGGUAUUGAUUUAUUACUCUUUUGUAAUUACACUGCGGUGUGAAAGAAUGGCUGCUUACCCCACAGUACGCUGUUUAGGAUGUGAGCAGUGCACUGUAGAAGCAGAAUAUAUCAUCCAAUGAGCAGGCAAUGAGUGCUAACACCAUCCUGCUCUCGUGUAGGUAGGCUACAGUUACAGAGUAAAUUGUACAGUUACACAGUAUAAGUAUUUAGACAGAUAAAUAGGUAUUUUUGGAUGAAUUUGUUAAAGAAAAAAAAAAGAAACAGACCUUUUCUCUUUGUAUUUGUGCGUUGUUAGUACCCUGGACGCCCACCUAGAUCUCAUUACAAGGAGGCACUAGCCGUUUCCCCAUUGUGAGUUCCCUGACUAUUCACCAAGUGAAUGAGUAGUAGAGUUAGGCCAGUAGAGUUCAUCAAACAGCACAGUUUCAGUGGGUGUGUGGGUUAGUCCAGAAACCUUCCUUAAUGACAUCUAGAACCUUGGUUCUAUCAGGCACGGAACCACAGCUGGGCACAGUUCUAUUGGGCAUGGAACCACAGCUGGGUACAGUUUUAUUGGGCAUGGAACCAUAGCUGGUCACGGUUUUAUUGGGCACGGAACCAUAGCUGGGCACAGUUCUAUUGGGCGUGAAUCCAUGGCUGGGCACGGUUCUGUUGGGCAUGACACCAUAGCUUUGGCACGUUUCUGUUGGGCACAGCAUAACUGACAUACGCUUCAUGGAGUGAGGUGAUGGGUUUUGGUAUUUGUCUGUUUUUCUUGUUUUAUUUUUGUUCCGUUUUGUUUGUUUUGAUUCUCACAUGUUGGCUGUUUUAGUUCUGUGUACUGAAGUUUGCGCUAGCCAUAACCAUGGGCAUAAGGGUGGACCUAAGUUACCAUAAGCACUCUUGUGAAGGAGUUAGCCGCAAUCUUGUGUAUCUGAAGUAUAAAGCUACUCUCUUCAUAUCUCGUUUAAAGAGUGGUAGCCAUUUAAGUUAUUAAAUCUGGUCCUGGGAGGGUUUUAAGAUGUGAUGAGUUGCUUUAUGAGACAUUUUAUGUUUUGAGGCCAGUAUCAAGAGAUGUUGCUCUGUGGAAUCAAAAUUGAUCUAUGGAUGACUGGGUAUGGGGAAAAUAAUGUAAAACCUCCACUGGGAUGUGUCUCAUUUUGUGCGAGGUUUUAGAUAAGUGUCACGUUGAAAGCAGAGGGCUGUCUCUACGCUUGUAGACCUGACCCCAGAGUCCAAUUCCCUCCUUUGCCAACACAUCAAGCUUCUUGGGGGACGUUUUACGUUGCUUUUUCAUGUACUGUGGAAGAGGGAUUUUAUUUUCUUGAUUAAUUUUUUUGGUUAAUUUUGGACAAUGCAAAAACAACAACAACAACAACAAAUAUGGAACGAGAAAAAAAAUCACAACACAUCUGUUUUCUCUGUUUUGAUGAAUAGUCAGGAUAUAUCUUUAUUUUUCAAUAAACCUUCUUUUUCUGUGAC